AUGCUUCUGAGCCUCACCUCACUGGAAACCUUUCUCUAUCUCCUCGACUACACAAUUCUAAGACGACUUCACCUCCUAUGCCUCGCCAAGGCUCAACUCUCAGGAUUCCAUCUUCUAUCCUUGUCGGUCUCUUUGCAUCUUAAUGCGAUCCAGAACAUAUUCAAUGCAAAGUACAUCUCCAACGUCACCUGGAUCUGCGAGGGACUAGAGGUCUUCCGGUGCCAGAUUGUUGGUCUACAGCGGUUGAACCAGUGCGGACAUUCAAUCUUCAGCUACAUCGCCGAGUCUGGACUGGUAGAAGAAGAGUGCUCCAAGGAGGAGCAAAGCGUCCCGGAGGAAGUUCAGGCAUGCAAGCACUUGCACGAGGCUGUCUACGGCCAGCUGAUCCUGGAUCUGGGAUACGAGUACCCUCAUAUCAGCAUCUACUGGAAACAAUACACCGUUGGCGGGAAUGAGUACCGCGACUUUGGCGAAGUGAUUAGAAACAUUUUGCACUUGACCUUGGCUUCGGGUCUGGACCGGCUGUCGACUCUAAAGAACCUGCAAGUGUUUGAGUUUGAGGGUGCAGACCUGCCUGAAUUGGAAUGCAUUUCCGAGCACUGGCCAAUGCUGAGAGUUAAGCGUGGACUCUAG